AUGCUCAAUGCACGAAAUGCUGCUUCCCCCCCCUCCCCCAAUUUUCUUUCUUUCAUUCUAUCUAUCUAUCUAUCUAUCUAUCUAUCUAUCUAUCUAUCUAUCUAUCGCAGAGCUGUUCAUAUCUAUCUAUUUAUCGAUCUAUCUAUCUAUCUUCUUUUCGUUCUAUCUAUCUAUCUAUCUAUCUAUCUAUCUAUCUAUCUAUCUAUCUAUGCUUCUUCUUACUUUAUUUCUUUCUUCAUUCUUUCUUUCAUUCUAUUUAUCUUUCUAUAUAUCCAUCGCAGUCUGCUCGUAAAUAUCUAUCUAUCUAUCUAUCUAUCUAUCUAUCUAUCUAUCUAUCUAUCUAUCUAUCUUCUUUUCGUUCUUUCAUUCUAUCUAUCUAUCUAUCUAUCUAUCUAUCUAUCUAUCUAUCUAUCUAUCUAUCUAUCUUAUUUGUUCCAAUAUCUAUCUAUCUAUCUAUCUAUCUAUCUAUCUAUAUAUAUAUAUAUAUAUAUAUAUAUAUAUAUCAGCCUUUUCCGAUAUAUCCCCAAAUAUGCGAAACAUGUUAAAUUACACCCAACUUAG